ACUACCACAAACGCGAAGAAAGCCUCUCACAUAUUCACAAGCAAACCCUAGAAAGAGAAUUCAUUCUCCCAAAAACAACAAUGGCUGAGGGGCUCGUUCUUCGCGGCACCAUGCGUGCUCACACCGACGUUGUCACUGCAAUCGCCACUCCGAUUGAUAACUCUGACAUGAUUGUCACCGCUUCACGUGACAAAUCAAUCAUCCUCUGGCACCUAACCAAGGAGGAGAAGGUCUACGGUGUUCCCCGCCGUCGCCUCACUGGUCACUCUCACUUCGUUCAAGACGUUGUCCUCUCAUCCGACGGUCAGUUUGCUCUCUCUGGUUCAUGGGACGGUGAACUCCGUCUUUGGGAUCUCAACGCCGGAACCUCCGCUCGCCGAUUCGUCGGUCACACCAAAGACGUGCUUUCCGUCGCUUUCUCAAUUGACAACCGUCAGAUCGUGUCGGCUUCUCGUGACCGUACGAUUAAGCUAUGGAACACACUCGGUGAGUGCAAGUACACUAUUCAAGACGGCGAUGCUCAUUCCGAUUGGGUUAGCUGUGUUCGAUUCAGCCCUAGCACUCUUCAACCAACAAUUGUUUCUGCUUCAUGGGAUCGUACUGUGAAGGUUUGGAAUCUGACUAAUUGCAAGCUGAGAAACACACUCGCUGGCCAUUCUGGCUAUGUCAACACUGUUGCUGUUUCACCUGAUGGUUCUCUCUGUGCCAGUGGUGGCAAAGAUGGUGUUAUUCUUUUGUGGGAUUUGGCUGAGGGAAACUAUGCUGGUUCUAUUAUUCAUGCUUUAUGUUUCAGUCCCAACAGGUACUGGCUUUGUGCUGCAACUGAGACCAGCAUUAAGAUCUGGGAUUUGGAAAGCAAGAGCAUUGUUGAGGACUUGAAGGUCGACCUUAAGGCUGAGGCCGAGUCUGGUAGUGAAACUACCAAGAAGAAGGUGAUCUACUGUACAAGCUUGAACUGGAGUGCAGAUGGAAGCACCUUAUUUAGUGGCUAUACAGAUGGUGUUGUCAGAGUUUGGGGUAUUGGGCGUUAUUAGUAAAGCUGCAGUUUUUUAAUGUGUCAAACUGUUUUGGUUCUUGUUUUUUAUUUUUGAGACAAAAUUAGUUACUGCUUUACCGUAGAAUCAAUUUUAAUUUUGAUGACAAUGGCUUUGUGGCCUUCUUUAAUUUAUAUUGAAACGUUUGCUUUGCUUUUUAUUUAUUUGUAUGUGGAUUUUUCAAUAUUUUGCCUUGCUUCUUCCUCCUAGUUACAAGAAUAAUCAUUAUAUUGAAUAUGAAUGAAGUAUAGUUGAGACAGAA